AAAGUUUGUUAUUGGUAUAGAUAUUUAAUUUUUGUAUGUAAGAAAAAGGAAAUAAUAAUAAUAUUAAUUAUAAUAAUGGCUGCGGGGACUGAAUUUUAUGUGAUGUUAGAAAGUGGUUUUAAUAAUAAUAAUAAUAACAAUAACAAUAUAGAUAAUGAUGAUGUUGAAAUGUUACGAAAUUCGGACCAAUUGAAACAAAUGGGGACAAGGAAACCUCCUAGGCAUUUGUCCGGUGGUGGUGUUCGACAUAGUAUAAGCACUGCAAUGCUUCUACAAUCCGCUAAUCCGGACUUAGGCUUCGGAGUUGUUACCAUGAAGCCUGUGACGGAUGGAAAAUCUGAAUUUGUCCCCAUGAUCCGAUCGGGUAGUUGUGCAGAAAAAGGCCCAAAGCAAUAUAUGGAGGACGAACAUAUAUGUAUAGACAACCUUGUUGAAUAUUUGGAUGCAAGAGAAAGUUUCCCUUCCCCUGGAGCUUUCUAUGGGGUUUUUGAUGGACAUGGUGGUACUGAUGCGGCAACCUAUGUUAGACAGAACAUAUUAAACUUCAUUGUUGAAGACUCUCAAUUCCCAGUUUGUUUGGAGAAGUCGAUACAUAAUGCUUUUGUGAAAGCUGAUCAUGCAUUUGCUGACAACACAUCUCUUGACAUCUCAUCGGGGACCACUGCUUUAACUGCCCUUGUAUUUGGAAGAAUGAUCGUAGUGGCAAAUGCUGGUGAUUGUCGAGCCGUAUUAGGAAAACGAGGUAGGGCGAUCGAACUAUCAAAAGACCACAAACCCAAUUGUCCAUCUGAGAGACUAAGAAUAGAACAGCUCGGUGGAGCUAUAUACGAUGGUUACCUAAACGGUCAGUUAUCAGUGGCUAGGGCUCUGGGCGAUUGGCACAUGAAAGGCCCCAAAGGCUCCACCAGCCCCUUAAGUGCUGAGCCAGAGCUGCAACAAAUCCUAUUGACCGAAGAUGAUGAGUUUCUAAUUAUUGGAUGUGAUGGUCUCUGGGACGUUAUGAGCAGCCAAUGUGCAGUGUCAAUAACCAGAAAAGAAUUGAUGGUUCAUAAUGAUCCAGAAAGAUGCUCAAGAGAACUGGUUCGUGAAGCUCUAAAAAGGAAUACUUGUGAUAACUUAACUGUGAUUGUCAUCUGUUUUUCGUCUGAUCCCCCUCCAAGGAUUGAGAUACCUCAAACACGAGUCAGGAGGAGUAUAUCAGCAGAAGGCCUAAAUUUUCUCAAAGGCGUAUUGGAUGGUAACACAUGAUAGGUUGGUAGAAAAAUAUUUGAGCUCGAUUCGUGUAAGAAUUUAUUGUUAUUUUUUCUUUUUUGGGUAUUAAUUUGCUAAAUUAUGUACAUUGUUGUUGUAUUGAUGGAUAGGACUCUUUAAACUGUUAACCCAUUGUUAAUAUUCCAUGGUUUGUUCUAAAUUUACAUGAUUAGUGAUUUUUUUGUA